AUGAAAACCACGUUUGUGCUUCCCGCACUAACCUGGUCCUCCUUCAGCAUCGCUGUCCUGGCCAAGGGCAGCAUCUUCCUCAAGUUGCCAGAGCCCAGCCGGAGCCUGAAGACAAAUCCUGGCACCUCCUCCUACCCCACCCCCUCUCCUCACGGGCUCCCCAGUGCGCGCGCACGCUCCAGCCCUUACAAAGGCCCCUUUAUUGAGUCUUUUAAACAGCUCUGGACCAUCUGCUAUGCUCCAUCCCCUUCGUCUGUGCUUCUCGCCUGGGCUCUGGUCUCUGAUCUCCACAGUCCGUUCAAGACUUGGCAGCCACAGGAGGCCGCGAUCUCCCGGCGACUUCUGCGCAGGGCCGAACAGGGCGCGGUGGGCAGGACCUUCCGUCGCAGGCGCUCGGGAGCCCGCCAGGGGGCAGCGUGGCGCCCGGGGCAGGUGCGGGCGCAGGGGCACCUCGCUGUCACCUGUUCCACCCGCCGGAGGACCAGACCCCCGCGUCUCCUCAUCCCUCAGUCCGCCGAGAGUCGGGGCGAGGGCUCGGGGAGGGGGCUGGGCGCGCACGCAUCUUUGUCCUCCUCCCGAUCUUCCCGCCGCGCGCUCUCGCCCGGCGAGGGGCGCUGGCGAGGCCAGGGCUGGGCGGGGCGCGGGCGUCCAGCCGCAGGCCAGUGCGGGGUAAGCCCGCGGGCCCCGCUGCGUGGGCCGGGCAGGGGCGGCCCUGCGUGCCGUACGCCGCGUCCGGGGCGCGCCCGCCGCUAUCCAGCUUCCCGGGCUCGGCAGCAUCUCGGUGCGCGGCUCACAAAGAGCUGCGGCGGCGGCCUGGCGCUCGGCCUCGGGGACACAGCGGCGGCGGCCGUGCACACGCACUGCCCGGAGCUCGGGCCAGGUAAGCGGGGGUCCGGGCCCACCGACCCUUCCCCAGAGUGGCCUCAGCCUGGGGGCGACGGGGCGGGCGCGGGGGGCGCGAUCAGGCGGCGCUGCGGGCGGGGGGCGGCGCGGGGAUCAGGGGUACGAACCGGGCUGGAGCGGCGGGGCCGAGCUGGUGGCUCGCGCAUCCCAGGCGGGGGCGCGGCGGCGAGGGGCGACAAGGCUCAGACCAGGGACGCAGACCCACGGCGGCUGCCCGCUCGGGUCCCGCCGGGCUGGCCCCUGCAGCUGGAGUGUUCCGCGGCCCCUCUCGGCACUGUUACUGAGUCCCGGUGA